CCAUGGAUCGAGGCUUUUCGCCUAUAAACGCUAAAUGAACUGGUGUGUUUUUUGGGGUGGAGACGGGACGAUAACACUACCCGCAAGAUACGGGAGCAGCAGAGAGUAUCGUCGGGUAGUCCUUUUUUUUAAGUGCUAGCAGGGAAGGAAGAAAAAAAACCAAACCAAAACAAAAAACGAUGCCACAUUCCUGGUGGCCGGAGCCGCUGUCAACCGCGCAGCUCAAGCGCCUGGAGGAGCACAAAUACAGCUCCUCCGGCCGGUCCCUGCUGGAGCCUCCGUGUCAGAUUUACUGGAAUUGGCUCGUCCAGCAAAUCCCAACAUGGAUCGCCCCAAAUACUCUGACUAUUAUUGGACUGCUGACCAACGUACUGUCCACCAUGGUGCUUGUGUAUCACUGUCCCACCGCCACGGAGGAGGCUCCAGCAUGGGCCUUCAUCCUGAGCUCAAUGGGCCUGUUCAUCUACCAGUCUCUGGACGCCAUUGACGGGAAGCAGGCACGGAGGACCAACAACAGCUCUGCCCUUGGGGAACUCUUCGACCACGGCUGUGACGCCGUCUCCACAGUGUUUGUCGCCAUUGGCACUUGUGUAUCAUGUGGGAUAGGAAGAUACCCCGACUGGAUAUUCUUCUGUGGCUUCGUUGGGAUGUUUAUGUUCUUCUGUGCCCACUGGCAGACCUAUGUAUCUGGGACCCUCAGAUUUGGCAUGGUUGAUGUCACAGAAGUGCAGUUCGCCAUCAUGAUCAUGUAUUUGAUGUCGGCUUUUGGUGGUGUGAGCCUCUGGCAAAGCACGUUGCCCGUUAUCGGACUAAAGCUUUACGCCCUCCCCAUCAUCGGCAUCAUCGGAGGGGCCCUCUACUCCAGCUAUAACUACUUUCAUGUCAUUCUGAAUGGAGGUGUGGGCAAAAAUGGCUCAACUGUGGCUGACACCAGCGUGCUUUCCCCAGGCCUGCACAUCGGCCUCGUCCUCACUCUGGCCUUCAUCAUUUUCAAGAAGUCGUCCAGCCAACUGUUUGAGCAUCACCCCUGCCUCUAUAUCCUUGCCUUUGGCAUGGUCGCCUCCAAGAUCUCCAACAAGCUCGUGAUAGCACACAUGACCAAGAGUGAGUUGUACCUCCCAGACACAGCCUUCAUAGGCCCUGGCCUCCUCUUCCUCAACCAGUAUUUCAACAGCUUCAUUGACGAGUACAUAGUUCUGUGGAUCGCUAUGGUGCUUUCUCUGCUGGACUUGGCACGUUACUGUACAGGCGUGUGCCUCCAGAUCGCCUCACACCUGCGCAUCCACGUCUUCAGCAUCUCGCCGCCGGCCAACACCCACCGCGACUGACGGCUUGCCCGG